ACCAUCCCUUAAGUGAUACACAAAAAGUAAAAGAAAUCAAUUUAUUUGUUGUUUGAAAAAAGAGGGGAAAAUGUCAAAAUUGUGCACUAUUAUCAUUGUGGCUUUUCUUCUUUGCUUCACUACUCUCACAUUUGCUGUUCGUCCUGAUUCUUCUCUUGUGCUCAAGCCCCAAAUUCAUGUUGCAAAUGAAGGGAAAAUUGAAAUUGAUGAAGCAAAUUGUGAAGGAGUGAAGGAAGAAGAAUGUUUGAAGAGAAGGAAUUUGGCUGAUGCUCAUGUUGAUUACAUUUAUACUCAAACUAUUAUUGACAAUAAUCAUCCAUGAAUUAAUUAUGGAGGACCUUUUGUGUUUAAGAUUUCUAAUCCCCCUUUAAUUAGUAUACUAAACUAUUAAAGGGGUUGUAAUGGCAUGUUCAAAUAAUACUAAUAAAACUACUUCUGCCUA